GCGCAGACAGCAGCAUGAACCUGAAGAAGUACUUCGUUCGGGCGCUGCACCGCCUGCAGAAGGGCCCCGGCUACACCUACAAGGAGCUGCUGGUCUGGUACUGCGACAACACCAACACCCACGGCCCGAAGCGCAUCAUCAAAGAGGGGCCGAAGAAGAAAUUCAUCUGGUUCUUCCUAACGCUGCUCUUUGCAUCUCUGGUCUUCUGGCAGUGGGGUAUCCUCAUCAACACCUACCUCUCCUAUAACGUCACCUCAUCUCUCUCCAUUGGCUUUAAGACCAUGAAGUUCCCAGCAGUCACGGUCUGCAAUGCCAACCCUUUCAAAUACUCAGAGGUGAAGCAUCUGCUGAAAGAGCUGGACAGGCUCAUCGAAGCGGCGCUGGAGAGGAUCCUGCAGCCUGUGCCGGGGAACAGCAGCGAGAAUGCCUCCGCGCCACUCGACCUGGAGCUCUGGCACCAGAUACCCCUGGUCCUCAUCGAUGAGCACGACAAAGACAACCCCAUCAUCCUGGACAUCUUUGAGAGCAACCAAACCACUGCGGACAACCAAACUGCUAUGGAGAACCAAACCGCCGUGGACAGCCAAACUGCCAUGGACAACCAAACCGCUGCAGGCAACCAAACCGCUGCUCCACCUGCUCCAUCCAACACGACGUCAGAAGAGAAGAAGUACAAGCUGGCAGUGAAGCUG